AUGAUGUUUCCACUACAACAGCUUAUAUUGCUCUCCGCAGCACUUCCUGUACUAUCAACCACAUUGCCUUCAACAAAACAUACCGAAGAGACACCCUUACCACUGAUUAUAUGGCAUGGAUUAGGCGACAGCUAUCAGGCCGACGGUCUCAAGGAAGUGGCACAGCUUGCUGAAGAGGUCAACCCCGGCACAUAUGUACAUAUAAUCCAUCUGGAUGAUUCAGACAAUGGAGAUCGCCAGGCUACCUUUAUUGGCAAUGUCACUGAACAAAUCGCUCAAGUCUGCGAACAGCUGGCUUCGGAACCCAUUUUGAGCACAGCGCCGGCCGUUAAUGCUCUUGGUUUCUCCCAAGGCGGACAAUUUCUGCGAGCUUUUGUUGAGAGGUGUAACUUUCCCAAGGUGCACAACCUAGUGACGAUGGGCAGUCAGCACAACGGAAUCUUCAAGUUCCAGUCGUGCGAGAGCACUGGAGAUUGGGUUUGUCGCGGCGCCGAGGCUCUCUUGCGCUUUGGACGAUGGUCUGAUUUUGUACAAUCUCGGCUCGUCCCUGCGCAAUACUUCCGCGAUGUAAAUGAAUAUGACUCAUAUCUCGAACACAGCAACUUCCUUGCCGACAUCAAUAAUGAGCGGGAGUUGAAGAAUGAUUUAUACAAAUCUAAUCUCAAAUCACUAAAUCGGUUUGGCAUGUUCAUGUUUUCAGAAGACACAACAGCCGUCCCUAAAGAGAGUGCAUGGUUUGCUGAGGUCAACCAGACCAAUGGCGAGAUCACAACCCUUCGAGAGCGCCCUAUUUACAAGGAAGAUUGGCUGGGACUACGUUCGCUGGACGAGCAAGGAAAACUCGAAUUUGAGACUAUUCCAGGUCCGCAUAUGGCACUUACUGAAAAGGUAUUGACUGAGGUCUUCAUGGAGUAUUUCGGUCCGGUAGAGGUUUCAGAUGAAUCAGCAGACCUGUCUCGGUUGGUUGUGCAAGGCGCUUAA